UCCGGUCUGAAAUCCAUCUGAGAAACAAGACGUAAACAAACAGGACAAGUUGUAUCGUGGUGUUUGUUUCUGAGUCCAGACGGUUACUAAUGGGGCUCGGAUGUGGCUUAAACCCAGUAUUCCCCCUCAGAUUUAUGUGAGGAGUGUCGGUUCAUCAUGGUGAAGUGUGUUGUCUCCGGGUGUCCGAACCGCGUGGUGAACGUUAACUUUAACCGGGGGGUCCUCAACCGACCACCGAAGAGGUUCUUCAGCUUCCCGAAAGACCCAGCGCAGGUCAAGGUAUGGUUGGUGGCGCUGAGGGAGACGGACCAGCAGGACUCGACAGAGUGGCAUUUAAUCUGCGAAGACCACUUCCUGCCAGAGGACAUCUCCACCGAUGGGGUCAAAAGUGGCGCCAUUCCGAUCAUGCCCCCCUGCCCGGACAUGAUGAACCCGCAGGGAGCCGAAUCGUCUGAGGAAGAGGAUAAGGGGGCCACCAGCAGUGAUGAUGACGACAGCGACUACGAUGAUGAUGUAGAUGACAGCGACUACAAUGUUUAUGAUGACGACGACGAUGCAUUAGAAGGUGGAGAUGAUGAUCCACCACAGCAGGAUGCAGGGGCCAAAAAGACUACAGGGGCCAAAAAGACUGGCAUCAGCCUGCCGAGAGAGGCGAUCCAAACCAAGGGAGUCCGCAGACAGGAGGUCUCCCUGGGGCUGCUGACGCGGCGUUUCCUGGGCUUUAUGCAAGCGGCUCCAGGCUGCUUGCUGGACCUCAAUCUUGUGACCACGAGCCUGAAGACCCGCAGGCGACGAGUCUAUGACAUCACCAACAUCCUGGAAGGCAUGCUCCUCAUCAAGAAGAAGUCGGCCAACAAGUACAAAUGGACGGGAAAGGCUCCGAUCUCCAGCUUUCUGCGGACAAACAAACAGAAGUUGGAGACAGAGUUGGAGAACCUGAAGCUUGGGGAGGACAUGCUGGACGACCUCAUCAAAAGCUGUACGCAGCAGUUCUGCGAGAUGAAUGAGGACAAGGAAAACGCUGCGCUUGCCUACUUGACCUACGAGGACGUCAGCCGGUUCAGCGCCUUCCAGGAGCAGACGGUGAUCGUAGUCAAAGCUCUUGCAGAUACCACAUUGGAGGUUCCUGCACCAAAAGAGGACAGCAUCCAGAUCCAUAUAAAGGGGGUUUUGAGUCCCAUCAAGGUGCUGGCAUGUGAUACAGAAAAAGGAGACGUGACGGGAGAGAACAGCGGCUGCUUCUUAACGCUGGAGAAAAGCUGGAUAAAGACACGUUCGCUAUAUUCAGAUUCAGAGUUGGACAACAAGGACCUGAUUCAACCGGAGUGUGACGUGGAGGACAACAGAGUGGAUUACCUCGUCCUGGGUCAAACAGUGAAAAAGUAUGACAGCAUCCAGAUCCAUAUAAAGGGGGUUUUGAGUCCCAUCAAGGUGCUGGCAUGUGAUACAGAAAAAGGAGACGUGACGGGAGAGAACAGCGGCUGCUUCUUAACGCUGGAGAAAAGCUGGAUAAAGACACGUUCGCUAUAUUCAGAUUCAGAGUUGGACAACAAGGACCUGAUUCAACCGGAGUGUGACGUGGAGGACAACAGAGUGGAUUACCUCGUCCUGGGUCAAACAGUGAAAAAUGAAGACAUGGAUGGUGACGAAGGUUACAGGACAGGGCCAUCAACAUCCAUCACCUCUCCCACCUCUCAGUCACAGCAAGGCUGCUCUACUCAACAGAUGUCUGCACCUGUUUCUCAGCCACAGUCUCCAUUUCCUGUGUCGGACUCCAUCCCCCCUCAGCCAGAUGAAGAGGAGGAGGAAGAAGAAGAAGAGGAGGAGGAGGAGGAGUACAUGGAUAUGGAUGAUGAUGAGGAGGAGGAAGAUGAGGAGGAUACGGAUGAUUAUGUUGAGGAUGAAGAAUACACACCGGGGCCAUCAGCAAGGUCACCAUCCCCAAAGAAACGCCGUCUCAGUGAGUCUGCCACUUCGAGAGUGAGAGAGGAGGAAGACUGGGACGAAGAUCGGUGGCAUAACGGAGAAGAGACAGAUAAACAACCGGAUCCACUCAGGUUCACGCCCACCAGGAAGCCUGGCCCCACCUUUGAUACCACCAACUCGUGGUCUCCUCUUUCACUUUUCCAGCUGUUUUUUAGCACCUCUGUUGUCCGCACCAUCAUCACAAACACAAACAUUAAUGCUGCCAAGAGAAAGCUGAACCACCUCCAACACCACCAGCAACCUCCUGCAUGCCUGCAUAUCAUGGAGACGAUGGUACCCAAGCCAGGAGGUACUGCAAGCGAUGUCACGAGGCUGGCAUCAAAAAGAUGA